CGAUGUGUGCCACUCCGGCUUCCUCGUAGUGCAGGAUGCAGAACAGGUCAUGUGACUCUGCCCCAUCACCACGACCAAGGGCUUGGAUCUUACAGGCAACACAUUUGAAAUCUUGCUUUAGAUCAGCAGGCAACGACAAGCUGAGAUCUUUCUUAAGAGAAAUACCUGUGUGUUGACAAGAACGGAACAAAAUCUUAAAGAUGGCAGGGGCCAUUAUUGAAAACAUGAGCACGAAAAAGUUGGUGAUCGUCGGAGUUAUCCUCCUUCUUUUCCAAGUGUUUUCAUUUAUGGUGGGAGGCUUAAUAGCACCAAGCCCAACCACCGCUGUCCCUUACAUAGCUACGAAGUGUGUUGAUGUCGUCCAUCACAACCAGAAGAACAAUAAAUGGUUCUCCCCCUGGGGUCCCAACCAGUGCAACAAGAUCCGGGAUUUUGAGGAGGCCACAGUGAAGAGGAUCGAGGCCAAUAAUAUUGUGUUUGCAGUCCACAUCCCUGGACCCAACAAAGAGAUGAGCGCUUGGUUCCAGUUCAUGCUGGUCAUCCUCCAGUUUGACAUCGCAUUCAAAAUGUACAACCAAAUUGAGGAUGGAGCUGUGGUGACCAUUGAUGUGGGUUUGGCCUAUAGAGAUGAUUCACUCAGUGAGUGGACCCAGAUGGCACACUCCAUUGAGCAGCGGAAGUUGAGCUGCAAUUUCACAACAGAAAAGAUCAUAGAAAAUGAGGGACGAUACUAUGAAUGUGACCUCUUGCCUUUUAUGGAAGUGGGCAAUGUUGCUCACAAGUACUACCUUCUUAACAUUCGACUGCCCGUGAACGAGCGGAAAAGGGUGAAUAUCGGUAUUGGAGAGAUAAAGGACAUAAGACUAGUGGGAAUCCAUCAGAAUGGUGGCUUCACAAAGGUGUGGUUUGCCAUGAAGACUUUUCUGACCCCCAGCAUUCUCAUCAUCAUGGUGUGGUACUGGAGGCGCAUCACGCUGAUGACACGUCCACCCGUCCUCCUGGAAAGGAUGAUCUUUGCUCUGGGUAUCUCGAUGACCUUCAUCAACAUCCCUGUAGAAUGGUUCUCCGUGGGUUUCAACUGGACAUGGAUGCUUCUGUUUGGAGACAUUCGCCAGGGCAUAUUCUACGCCAUGCUUCUGUCUUUCUGGAUCAUCUUCUGUGGAGAGCAUCUAAUGGACCAGACGGAGAGGAACCGCUUCUCCGUGUACUGGAAGCAGAUCGGCCCCAUCGUCUUUGGCUCCUUCUGUCUUUUCAUCUUUGACAUGUGUGAGAGAGGAGUGCAGUUGAAAAAUCCAUUCUUCAGCAUCUGGGCGUCUGAAGUGGGGACAGAAUUGGCUAUGGCCUUCAUCAUUGUGGCGGGGAUCUGUGCUUGCCUGUACUUCCUCUUCCUGUGUUUCAUGGUCUUCCAAGUGUUCCGCAACAUUAGCUGCAAGCGCUCAUCGCUCCCCGCCAUGACCAAAGCUCGCCGGCUUCAUUACGAGGGUCUAAUCUUCCGUUUCAAGUUCCUUAUGCUCGUCACCCUGGCAUGUGCUGCAAUGACCGUCAUCUUCUUCAUCAUCAGUCAGGUGAAUGAAGGUCAUUGGCAUUGGGGAGACUACACGGUUCAGGUGAACAGUGCCUUCUUCACUGGGAUCUACGGCAUGUGGAACCUCUAUGUGUUUGCUCUUCUGUUCCUGUAUGCACCAUCACACAAACUCUACGGCGAUGAGCAGUCUAGUGUAAACGCGAAUCUGAUCUGUUCCGGAGGUCAUGGAGCCAACAGUGGAGAAGACAUUCAGCUGACCACCACCAUCACUCACGUGGAUGGACCAACAGAGAUCUACAAGAUGACGGGCAAAGAGGCCCAGGAGUAGCCGCCGCCGCCUCCUCCUCCGCCUGCCUUUUAACCCAUCACACCUACACUCUCAUCCAAUCGCUUUUUCUAUCCACCAGUACCUGUAUGUUACCCAAAAAGAAAAGGUCUGGAAAAGAUCCAAAUUUAGAUUUUUAUGGAAUUUCACAGUUAUAAAAAAAUAUAUAUAUAUAUAUAACAGUAAGUCUAACACACUUGAUGGGGCCUUUCCCCCAUGGAAGGUUGGGGUAGUUCAAAUGUAUUAGAGUAUGACUGGUGAUUCCAUUGGUAAUGCCAAUUGGUAUAUCUUGAAAAUGAGAGGGAAAAGGGAAAAAUGACAUUUAAGGCUACGUCUUUCCUCUUGCACUUUGCCAUUUUAAGGUUCUUUAGGCUGUAAGUAUCUCGGUACAAAUGAAAUCUUUACACAUCUCUAAUAAUUUUGUCUUGAAUUAUGUCCCCGUAAAUUCUCUUUCUCAUUUAGCAUGUGCACAUUGCCCAUUUUGUCAAGUAUUUCUUUCAGAGCAGUAGUUUCUCAGAGUUAGUCAUUCUGAUGUGAUGUGUGACCAUGCAUUUAUCACCUCCAUCAUGGAGCUUAUGUUUUCAGUUCAGUUCAGUUCGGUUUGUUUGUUUGUCAUUAGAAUCACGCAAAAUUGAUUUUCAUGAUUUUAUGGAGGGGUGUGGCAUAGGCCAAGUAAAAAGCCCAUUCAAUUUUGAAGCAGAUCUGAAUCAAGGCGUGAACCUUCAAAUUAUCUUUUUGCUUUUGUUUCCAUUGCAAGAUGGUUGAAGAUCUGUGCUGUCCGAGUGCCUCUCUAGUUUAGUUCUCUUUUCUUUUAGAUGUGUUGCAUACUAUGUAAACCAUUUCUUAGCUAUUUAGUGACUGUGCUCAGAGGAUUUUACCAGACCAAGGGCCAGAUGUAUCAAUCUUUGCAUACAACUUGUCAAGGUCGGAUACACAUAGAAAUGUUCUAGGUAAACAUCCCCAUGGAAGACACGCCUUUUUGAAAUUCAAGUCAAAUUACUCCUAACAUGCUAAUUAAAGUGAGGGGUUCAAUUAAUAUAUGGACAACUCCGCUUUACUGAGAUCCUGCACUUCUCCAUUUUGAAAUGUGCGCCAUACACUGCUUUUACAAAGAAUGAGCAAAUCCUUCAGGCCGUGACUCUAUGUAGUAUGUACGGUCGUGGUGGAGUCUGAAAUAAUGUCAGUAUUGAUUUUAAUGGAAGCUGAUAAACCUGUAUUUCAAUAGGAGUACAGUCAACUACUCCAGUUACAUUGGCUGAAAGAACAUGCUAAUAUUGGCCUCCAUGCUGUUUAAUAUACCUUGAGGUCAACCUGGCGAUUCUUCUCCAUUCAGUUGGUAUGAUGGUUAUAUGACCUAUUCAGUUACGACAGUAUUAGACCCACAAAAGGAACAAUACAUAUGCAAGAAUUCCUAUCCACAAGGAUUGAUACACGGGCCGUUUAGCAUACUUGAAUCGACAUUUAAUUCCUCUUGGUUUCGCCAAUCUUCAAAUUACGAAUAUAAUGUGUACACCCCCUUGAGACCAAGCACAGAGGUACAUGUUUUUCCAUGAUGUAUCUUUUCAUAAGGAUCGUUUUCUACGUAGCAACGUGCUCAGCACAAUGCGUAUGCACUGUUGAUAUAUGUGGCCCCGCAUGUAAUCUGGCCUCACUCUUUUUGAACUGCAAAUAUGUAAUGUAUGUUAGACUGCAAAUAUAUUUUAUCAAGUGUUUAAUAAAGAUGAGUUUUACAUUG